AUGGAAAACGCCUUCGCGAAGUCGAUUGACGAAGUGCUUGGCACGCUCGGUGUGAGCAAAGCGACUGGGUUAACCAACGAGCAAGUCUCGAAGUCUCGAGCCAAGCACGGGAAGAAUGCGAUCGCCGAAGAACCACCUACCCCUCUCUGGGAACUCAUUCUCGAACAAUUCAAGGACCAGCUAGUCCUCAUCCUUCUCGGUUCCGCUGCUAUCUCGUUUGUGUUGGCACUUUUCGAAGACGAAGGGGGUUGGAGCGCGUUCGUCGACCCGGCCGUCAUCCUCACCAUCUUGGUACUCAAUGCUGUUGUUGGAGUCUCGCAAGAGAGCAGUGCCGAAAAGGCCAUUGCUGCUCUGCAGGAGUAUUCGGCCAACGAGGCCAACGUCGUUCGCAAUGGUCAGAUUCACCGGAUUAAGGCCGAGGAGCUUGUGCCCGGCGAUAUCGUAGACGUCGCCGUUGGCGCGCGCAUCCCCGCCGAUUGCCGUCUUGUCACAAUCGAGAGCAACAGUUUCGCCGUCGACCAGGCCAUCUUGACUGGAGAAAGUGAGAGCGUUGGCAAGGACUGCCGGGCUGUUAUCAGUGACGAUCGGGCGGUGCUUCAGGACCAAAUCAACAUGCUCUUCUCGGGAACGACUGUCGUGACCGGCCACGCUAAGGCUGUGGUGGUUUUGACUGGUUCGAAGACGGCCAUUGGCGACAUUCACGAGAGCAUCACCGCUCAGAUCUCGGAGCCAACCCCGCUGAAACAGAAGUUGAACGACUUUGGCGACCAGCUUGCCAAGGUUAUCACUGUCAUUUGUGUCCUCGUCUGGCUUAUCAACAUCCCUCACUUCAACGACGCGAACCACGGAAACUGGACUAAGGGCGCCAUCUACUACCUGAAGAUCGCCGUUUCUCUUGGUGUUGCCGCAAUCCCCGAGGGUCUUGCCGUUGUUAUCACCACUUGCCUCGCCCUCGGAACCCGCAAGAUGGCUGCCAAGAACGCCGUGGUCAGGAGCUUGCCGUCCGUCGAGACUCUCGGAAGCUGCAGCGUUAUCUGCUCCGACAAGACCGGCACCCUCACCACGAACCAAAUGAGUGUUAGCAAGAUCGUCUAUCUCAACAACCAGGGCACCGACCUCGAGGAGCUCGACGUCGAAGGCACGACUUUCGAACCCAAGGGUGACAUCAAAUUCCAGGGCAAGGUGCUCCGGGACCUCAGCCAGGAGUCUACAACGGUUCUUCAGAUGACCGAAGUCGCUGCCUUGUGCAAUGACGCCCGGCUCGACUACCACCCUCUUACGGCAACCUACUCCAACGUUGGCGAACCCACCGAAGGCGCUCUGCGUGUUAUGGUCGAGAAGGUUGGCCCUUGCGCGCCUUUGAACAGCCAGGGUCAGGACUGUGUCCACUACGCCAGCUCCUGGUACGAAAAGCAAUACAAGCGGCUUGCAACCUAUGAGUUCUCGCGCGACCGCAAGAGCAUGUCAGUCCUGGUUCAGAAUGGUAGCCAACAGAACCUCUUCGUCAAGGGUGCUCCUGAGUCUAUCAUCGAACGCUGCACCCAUACUGUGCUCGGACGUGACGGGAAGCGGGUUCCCCUAGACCGCAAGCUCACCGAUCUGCUCCUGAAGGAAGUCGUCGUUUACGGCAACAAGGGUCUUCGUGUCAUUGCUCUAGCCCGUCGUGAGAACGUCAAUGGCGACCCCCUUCUCCACAAGGCCAAGUCCACCGCCGAGUACGCCGCUCUGGAGCAGAACCUCACCCUUAUUGGUCUGGUCGGUAUGUUGGACCCCCCUCGCCCGGAGGUGCCUGCUGCCAUCCAAAAGUGCAAGGAUGCCGGUAUCCGCGUUAUUGUCGUCACUGGUGACAACCGCAACACAGCUGAGACCAUCUGCCGUCAGAUUGGAGUCUUUGGCCCCAAGGAGGAUUUGGCCGGCAAGAGUUUCACGGGCCGCGAGUUCGACAACCUCAGCCCCAGCGAGCAGCUGGAGGCGGCCAAGAAUGCCUCGCUGUUCUCUCGUGUCGAGCCUACUCACAAGUCGAAGCUUGUUGACCUGCUCCAGUCCCUCGGUGAGGUCGUUGCCAUGACUGGUGACGGUGUCAACGAUGCGCCCGCUCUCAAGAAGGCUGACAUCGGUGUGGCUAUGGGUUCUGGCACUGAUGUGUCCAAGCUCGCGGCCGACAUGGUUCUGGCCGAUGACAACUUCGCUACCAUUGGUGUCGCCAUUGAGGAGGGCCGCUCCAUCUACAACAACACCCAACAGUUCAUUCGCUACCUGAUCUCGUCCAACAUUGGCGAGGUUGUCUCCAUCUUCCUGACGGCCGCACUGGGCAUGCCUGAGGCUCUUAUCCCCGUUCAGCUUCUCUGGGUCAACCUGGUCACUGACGGUCUCCCGGCCACCGCUCUCUCGUUCAACCCGCCUGACCAUGACAUCAUGAAGCGGAAGCCGAGAAAACGCGAUGAGGCCCUGAUCGGCGGCUGGCUGUUCUUCCGGUACAUGGUCAUCGGCACCUACGUCGGCCUCGCCACGGUUGCGGGUUACGCCUGGUGGUUCAUGUUCCACUCGGAGGGACCCCAGAUCACAUUCUACCAGCUGUCGCACUUCCACCGCUGCUCGACCGAGUUUCCCGAGAUCGGCUGCGAGAUGUUCACCAACGAUAUGGCCAAGUCUGGCUCCACCGUCUCGCUCUCCAUCCUGGUCGUCAUCGAGAUGUUCAACGCCGUCAACGCCCUCUCGUCGAGCGAGUCGCUCCUGACCCUCCCCGUGUGGGAGAACAUGAUGCUCGUGUACGCCAUUACCCUGUCGAUGGCGCUUCACUUCGCCCUGUUGUACAUUCCGUUCCUCCAGUCGCUGUUCUCCAUUCUCCCUCUCAACUGGACCGAAUGGAAGGCAGUGUUGUACAUUAGCGCGCCUGUUGUUCUCAUCGAUGAAGGUCUCAAGCUUAUUGAGCGGGCAUUCUUCGUUCAAAGCUCGACCCGCAGGUUGCCAAAGGCGAAGAAGGACCAAUAG